CCGACAGCGGUAGAAGAACAUGUUGCACAUCCUCAUGUUUAUUUGUUUGCUGUUUACAGCCUCAGCCUCGCAGAUAAGCGGAUAUGGAAAUACAACAGCUGACUACGGCGGGGAGGCGCACUACGGGUGCGCAGUGGCAGACUCGACAGGUGUGCUCCAGGUCACGUGGCAGAGGCUUUUCAAGGACGAGUCGGUAGACAACUUGGCAACCUACAGCAAGCGGUUCGGGCAGCAAGUCAAUGAGCCCUACCGCGGAAAGCUGAGCUUCACGGAGGCGUCCCUCAGCUCGACAUCCAUCAGUCUGAGGAACGUGUCGUGGCAAGAUGAGAGCUGUUACAUCUGCUCAUUUAAUGUGUACCCCGAUGGGUCCAGGAGAAGGCAGACUUGCCUCACAGUGCAAGGAAUAUCCGCAGUGAACACGGCGUAUGUUCCCGGAAGUGGACGCGCGGGCGAAGACACGGAGGCUGUGUUUAGCUGCAGCGCCACAGGUAAACCGGCCCCGACCGUUGAAUGGGACAUUUCACCCGGCGCCACCCAACCGGACCUCCCACAGACCGCUACGGUGAUGAACGGCGACCACACAUUUACCAGCAGCCACAACAUCACUCUGCAAGUACCUCCAGACUGGGCCGGCCACGUGGACUGUGUGCUGAACCGUGGGCUGCGGGGACAGAGGUGGGAGAGGAUCCCUUUUUCGUUAGGUGCUGGGCAUCCGGAGAAGGACCGUGAGGACGAUGAUGGGAAGGGACAGCGGCGGUCAGGGUUUGCACUCGUAAUUCCUGUUCUACUAUUUCUCUCCUGCGUCACUGUUGCUGCUGCAAUAAUGAAGAGAAAAAGGUUAAAGGAUAACAGAAGAAAUGAAAAUGUUCUAUGACCAUGUGGACAUUCAAGCAUGCAAGCAUUAUAAAAAUCUGCACUUUUUUUGUUUUAGUUUUUAGGUAUGUAACAGUGAAUUAAGCUAAACGCAGCUAUCCAGGAGCCAUUUUUUUUCCAGUGGUUGAAUUCAAACUUCUUUUAGAUUUCAGAACUCAGCACUUUAACUUUGUUUAUGAAGCUUCGAGCUAAAUGUUGGUUGAGGUUGUGUCGAAUGUAAAAAUGUAUGGAACCACGACCAAUGUUCAGGAGUAGGGUUAUUGGAUCAGUGUAACUGUGAGACAAAGCAGGCAAAUAUACUAUCUAGUCUAAAUAUCAAUAUAAUUAAUCACACGUAGAACUGUUCACUCUUCUUUUAUUCAGUGUUACAUUGACUGCAUUCCAGCGUAAUGAUUAAGACUUCCUUCAAGCAAAUCUAACUAGAUUACCGGCGUACCAAGAUGACAUGUUUUGGUGAUAGAUGGCAAGUAAAAACAAGGACAUGGCCUGUGGGAGGCAUGGCUACAGUACCAUCUAGUGGAAGGAUACAGUAGCAUACACAAGAAAAUUGGUCCUCACCGAGAAAUAUACAAGUAAUAUAAAACUAUUAACUUGAUUAAGUGAUCUAUAUAGUUGAGAUGAUCUUAUUCCAAAAUUAGGAUAUUUAUAUCUAUAACUAUAUGUAUCUAUAAAAUUUAAAUUAGACAUAAUAUAUUACAUAAUAGACAUAUUAUUUCCUAAUUGUGUUGCUAAUUGCACUUUUCUUGCAGUUUUGCACAGUGUUCAGUGUUUGUGUUUAAUUCAAAUGUUAUUUGUUGCUUACACACACACUGGUAUCAACCUGUGGUGGGCGUCAUGUUCAUUGAGUUUCUUUACGGUUUCUAAUGAUCACAUCUUUAAUUUAUUUCCUAAUUUGUACAUAUAUUUAUUGUUUAUUCAAUUAAAAUGUGAUUCACUUGUG